AUGAUGAAGUAUAUUUUUCUAUGCGCUUUGCAAGCUUUAAUCCAAAAUGCCACUGCGAGAGGUGAAUCCCGAUACUUUGAAGUUGCUUAUCCAAAGCUUCUUGAAACCAGAGGCCUUUCGAGUGAAAAAGUGAUCCACAUUAAAGAAGGCCUAAUACUUCACUUAGAAAAAAGUUCAAUUCUCUCGGAAAACUUGGUUCUAACAGACCUCAGUGGCAAGGAGCCAGUUGUAACUCCGAUGAACGGCAAAUAUAUGGAACGUAACCUGUACCAUGACAAAGAGAAAAUGGCGGCGGUUGAGGUGAAGGAGAAGAAUGUAGCUGUGGAACUGAGUGGUGUCAUCAGCGACACACUGAGGAUACUUCCUCUUCGCCUUAUGGCUCGAGCUGAAGACGGGUCUAUCGCACACAAGAUUUUCGAAGUGGAUGCACCAGUUCACCGUGCACAUGACUACGUUGAAACAACUCACAAUCAACUGGAAGGGCGAUCUAAUGGAUAUCAUUUAAGCACUCCGGGACAAGUACAAGUUCCAGACCCAUUUUUGAUUGAAACACUGAUUGUCGUCGACAAGUACUUUUACGAAAACUUUGAUAACGAUACACAGCUUGUAACAUAUAUCGCCAUUUCUAUGGCAACGGUGAACGUCAGAUAUUCGAACGCCAAUAACCCAAAAGUACAACUCCUCAUCGUAAAUAUUACAAAGGACCUGGAAUCAGAUUAUCUGCGACAUAUUUUAGUUUCAAAUCCAGACGACCGUAACAAUCAAAUCAAGUUCUACACUUCUGAAAGAACAUUACCCCAGUUUGCUAAGAAAUACAGGGACGCCACGUGCGACGUUGCGUUGCUCGUCACAGGGUUGGAGCUCGCCAAAAAAAGUGGUGCCCAUGUAUCCGAGCAUGUAAAAGGUCUUGCAUACCUUAACGGACUCUGCACAGAAGAAUCGUGUUUCGGUAUAGUGGAAGAUCACGCUCAUACGUACUUCAUGGUUUCCACUGCUGCUCACGAAAUGGGAUACCUACUCGGAAUGUCUCACGAUGGGGAGAUUCCAUCCUACAGUGUUCCUGGAGUGACAUGGCUUCGAUGUUCGGCGACAUCGGGAUAUCUCAUGGCACCUUCACUGGGCGGCAAAUAUGAAGGGUUUUUCUCCCGCUGUUCUCUGCAACACAUGAAGGUUUUUGUAGGACGUCAGACGGCAGAAUGUUACGAAGUGAAGUCGAAGAAAGCCUUCGAAGCACCAGGUAAACUUCCGGGCGUGGGACUGAAGAUGACAGAUUUAUGCAAGAAACUACAUCCUCACGCCCCUGGAAUAAAAUGUUUCUCUAAUUCGACAUAUAACGAGAAGUGCAAAUUCCUGUGUUACACGAUUGUCGGCGAUCUCAUACAUUACUUCACUGAACGCCUUGUAGAUGGAAUGCCUUGUGGCGAUAACAAGAUAUGUUUCAGAGACAAGUGUGGAAAAUACAGCACUGACCUGCCUCCGCUACCGACCUUGCCUACAACCGAAACGACCACACCAACAACGACGACCACUACAGACAAUGAUGAUGAUGAUCACGAUGAUGAUAAUGAAGACUCAAAUUAG